AAGACUGCGACUACAGCUACACUCACACAUUUUGUAACGUCACCAUUAAACAACGGGCAUUCUUCAAGCGGUGCGCUCGUAGGAUCUGCCAUCUUUGUUGAAAAUAUCACAAACAAAUAACUUAUAGAUCCACUCCCUCGAUUUUUAGCUCAACUUGAAUGGAAAAAUUCAUGAAACAAACUCCGAAAGACGAAAAUAAUGUCUGACUCAUUUUUCCACCGCACUCAAAUUCUGAUCCGAUCCUGUGAAUGAAAAUUAUGGUAAGCCACGCCCAUAUUCGUUACGUAAUCAAGUCAAAGACUACAUCAAGUUCAAGAUGGCGUCGGAAAUGGAAAUCGAAGGGAGUUCAUCCUCUUCACAGUCAGCUGUUAUGGCUUCUGGAGGGACAGGAAGCGUGGCAGUUGCUCUUCAUCCCCUGGUUGUCAUGAAUAUUUCAGAACAUUGGACUAGAAUCCGUGCACAAGAAGGAAAACCUACCCAGGUUCUUGGUGCUUUGAUUGGUAAACAAGAAGGCAGAAACAUAGAGGUCCUCAAUUCAUUUGAGCUUCUCUUUGACACCGUGGAGGGAGAUAUCAUCAUCGACAGGGAAUACUACAACACAAAAGAAGAACAAUUCAAGCAGGUUUUUAAAGAUCUUGAGUUUCUUGGUUGGUACACCACUGGAGGAUCACCGGAUGAAUCUGAUAUCAAAGUUCACAAACAGAUUUGUGAAAUCAAUGAGAGCCCCAUCUUCUUGAAGCUGAAUCCAUUAUCAAGACAGACUGAUCUUCCCGUCCACAUGUUUGAAUCAGUGAUUGAUCUGAUCAACGGCAUAGCAACCAUGCUAUUUGUGGAGCUGCAUUUUACCCUAGCAACAGAAGAGGCUGAAAGAAUAGGUGUUGAUCAUGUUGCUAGGGUAACCAACAGUGAAACUAUGGAAAGCUCUGUGGUUGCGGAGCACCUGAUAGCACAACACAACGCCGUGAAGAUGCUGCACAGUCGCGUAAAGCUGAUCUUGGAUUACGUGAAAGCUGUCCAGUCUGGUGAGGUGCCCAUGAACCAUGAGAUUCUCCGGGAUGCCAACAGUCUCUGCCACAGGCUACCGGUCCUGCAUCUAGAAAAGUUUGAUACAGAAUUCUACAAUCAAUGCAAUGAUGUAACUCUUAUGGCCUAUCUAGGGGCAAUUACUAAAGGCUGCAACACAAUAAAUCAGUUUGUCAACAAGUUCAACGUACUCUACGACCGUCAAGGCAUGGGAAGAAGAAUGCGAGGACUCUUCUUAUGAGGACCUACUUUUGUGAUAGUGUCUUUUCUACUUCCUAAAGAUUAGCAUUUGAAGAGCAGGGGCUGGUUUCACGAGUCAGCCAGAAGACUUAAGUUAAUUGACAUCUCAUAGAGAUAAGUGAAUUCUGUUACACAUAUGGUUGUCAAAGGCAGUGUUAAUGCAAGUGUCCAACCAGGAAACAUAAAUCAUGGUUCUUCUUUGUGUUUUGCAUUGUGAUACUUACAUUUUAGCUUUCCUUUGACUGGGAACAGCUUAGUUUUGUGGCUCAGGUUUGUCCAUGUCAACCUCAAUCAAGUGUUCCAGUGAAAGCCUGCCACCAUGGGGCAGUUUGGCAUCAAUUUAACAUCGAGAACCCUGUUACAUGAAAGCAGUAACAACAGUCAGGUUUCUGGCAGAAUCAUGUUUCGAUACUAACCUGUUUUCAGCACUUCAUUUUUGCAGUCUUGAUCAUGGUCAUAUAAUGCUCAUAAUUUGCAGAAACCCCUUUUUUUGCCUAAGCAUGUUUGAAAACCGUGAUUCUUUGAUAUAGAUUGGUUGCUUGAACACAAAAACCCAAGAUGUAAGAUUAUGACAGUAUUCCCUGAGGAUUAUCCAUAACUUGGCAUGUUCUUUAAGACAUCUAUUGUGGUAACUAGUCAAUAGAUCUAUAGAAAAGGAUUUUUUCUGUCAAUUGCUCUGAUUAAUCAUAUGUUCUUGAUGCUGUUCAUAUUAAGCAGUUUUGCAAUUCUUAUCCCAUCAGAAAAGGAAAGGAAAUCAGAUAACGAUAUUAAAAUUGCACUCAAAACCUUGUCUUAUUUUCUGUUGUAAUCUCUGUAUGUACAUGUACACAGAAUAUAUUUAAUUUUUCUUAUGGAUGCAUGGCAGAAACAGAUGUAUAUAGUUUAAAGACAAGAAUAUGCAAAAUGCAACCUUGAUUUAUUAAAAGCUCAUGUAUGGGGGGCAAGAAAUUGAAAGCAUGAUAAGUAUUUUAUUGACCACCACUAACAGAUUAGCAAGAAAUCUCUAGCUAUUAUCUGCAGUCAUACAUGUAUUUCAUUGUAAGCAGAUCUUAUAAUAUAUUUAUAUUACGAAGGCACCCCCCACUCAGUAAAAUUUUAUUGCAAAAGUUUCUUGAAGCACUCGAAUAUAAUAUUUGUACAAACAUGUUGAGCUUUGCCACGUAAUUUAUGAACAUAGCUGGAGCUAGUUUUAGAUGCAUAAUACAUGUGCACUUGUUUACAUCUACCGUGUGAUGUAGAUUGGAGCUGAUUCUUGAUUAAAUUAUCUACUUCAUGUUCUCUGGAGCCAAAUAAUUAGCCAAAGCAUUUUUUUUGCUUACUACCUGUUAGUAGGUUUGUAAAUUCCAAUCUACAUAAGAUAAAGUUGGUUUUGAGGUUUGAAGCCCUCCAACAGUGAAAGUGGCCAUGUCCAAGAGAGAAAUGAUGAUGUCACAAAGUCUACAUCAUUUGAUGUAUUUUCAAUACUUUGAUUUUGUAUACCAGGGCCCCGUCUAACAAAGAGUUGUGAUUGAUCCAAUCAACUUCAACUAUAUGGAAACCAUUCUCAUCGUCAUAUUUUUUCCUACGGGAGAUUCGCAAAGUGCUCUUUGUAAACAAAGAGCAUACCAAAUUGCCAAAGAUUAAUGUACAAGUAUGCAUCAUAUCUAGAAAACAUGUGGGAACAAACAUGCAUUUUAGAUUGUGGCGUUGCUGGCUUUCCAUAAUUGUGGUUGAUGGGAUCAAUUGUUACUCUUUGUAAGAUGGAGUCCAGGGCCCUGUCUUACAAAGAGUUACAAUUGAUCCAAUCAAUCACAACUAUGGAAAGCCAUCAACAUCUAAACUAAUAAUGUUUGUUUAAAAUAUUUUCUAGAUAUCUAUAUUCAUACAUUCACUGUUGUCUUGACAAUUCAGUAUGCUCCUCUUUGUUUUCAAAGGACAUUGUGGACAUUUCCUGUAGAAAAAUUGUAUAUGACAUUGGAUUGUCAUAUACUUGAUCGAAUCAAUCAUAACUCCUUGUAAGACGGGGCCUAGGAACGUCAAGCAUGGUUUAGUUCAUCAUGGAUGAUGAAGAAGACAAAUUUGUUAAAUCUGGAGAAUUAUGUAUAGAAGGUAAUUUUAAUGAUUCUGCAUUAUCGGGAAGUAAAUAAAGGGCAAUUCCAUUACGUAGGUACGUCCGACCUAAUGUAUUUGUUUCAACUUUUUGGUUAUUAUUUUAUGCUAUUGCCCUGGAGUAAAUUCCUACCAGGUUAAUAGUUUUUGGUCCAUAUAUUCUGAAGUCGGGUUUAAUUCAAACUCUGGUCUAAAGUUGUGGUCUAACUAUGGACAGCCAGUUGUGACAUAAAUCUCUAACAAUUGAGGUUCAAUGUAUGAGCUCAUUUGUCUCUCGAAUCUUUAUCUGUCUGAGAAGGAUAAAUAAGAUAGUCAUCUUCACCAUUUUAGAAGUGAGGCGUAAAAUGACUUGUUUGACUUCCCAUAAUUUUAACACAGAUUUAGACCAUGGUCUAUUAAACCCGACUUCAGAAUACAGGCUAUUUUGUUUUCACUUACACGGUAUUCAAUGAAUUGAAUUAUGCGUACUAUCGUUUGUUGUAAAGGGUAUAAAUAAUGUUCAAAAUAAAAACAAAAUGAGAAUACAACUAA